UGACUUCGCUGUGGUAUGGUUGUCAUUUCGUCCGUCUAUCGAAUAAAGUGAUAGAUGAAUGGAGAAUAAUUAACAUCAUUGCAGCAAGUCUGACAUUAAUAUUAACAUUACGAUAACGAUCACUGCGACCGCGCGAACGACCAAGUGGAUUCGUGAUAAACGCUUCUACACACCGCCAUGAUCGAUGUGAAAAACAAAGAUGGCGGAAUAAUACGGUGAUCAUAACCAAACGUUGUGGACUGUGGUAGUUAUGUACGGUGGUGGGCGGAGGUCACAGCGGUGUCGCGGCGCCUGAGCGAGGCGGAGCGCGAUGGCCCGGCCGGGGUGAUGCCGCCGCGGCCAGCGGCCGGCCGCGCGGCUAUGGCGGCUGAGGAAGAUCGUCCGCCGCUCCCUCUGUUUACCGCCGUUUACGACUACAUAGCGCAAGGAGAGGACGAGCUCUCCUUGCGUCGGGGUGAGAUCGUCGAAGUCCUGUCGAAGGAUGCUAACAUAUCGGGGGACGAGGGCUGGUGGACUGGUAAAAUCGGCGAUCGCGUUGGCAUCUUCCCCGCCGUGUAUGUUACCGACGACGACCCCCUGGCGGUCACGUCGGUGAUAGGAGAUGUCGACCCGCCCCGAGUAUCAUUUUCUGAGCUGAAACUGGAAGAAGUGAUCGGGGUGGGCGGCUUCGGUAAAGUGUAUCGCGGUUACUGGAACGACGAGGUCGUGGCGGUGAAAGCAGCGCGCCAGGACGCGAACGAAGAUAUCGAAGUGAUAAAAGAGAGUGUGUUGCAAGAGGCGAAACUGUUUUGGAUGUUGCAACAUGAUAAUAUAGUGUCUCUAAAGGGUGUGUGCUUAGAGGAGCCCAAUUUGUGUUUGGUGAUGGAAUACGCGCGUGGAGGUCCUCUGAAUAGAGUGCUGUCAGGUCGCAAGAUUCGGCCUGGGAUCCUCGUGGAUUGGGCGAUCCAGGUGGCGCGAGGGAUGGCCUAUCUUCAUGUCGACGCACCUAUUUCGCUUAUUCAUCGAGAUCUGAAGAGUUCCAAUGUUCUGCUCAGCGAAACUAUACUGCCUGAUGAUAAUCUCGAAGACAAGACCCUUAAAAUAACGGAUUUCGGCCUAGCCCGGGAAGUGUACAAGACCACUAGGAUGUCUGCCGCUGGUACAUACGCCUGGAUGCCGCCCGAGGUGAUAAAAAACUCCACCUUCUCUCACGCGUCCGACGUGUGGUCCUACGGUGUACUUCUAUGGGAACUGCUGACGGGCGAAACGCCAUACAAGGGGAUCGAUGCGUUAGCCGUAGCGUACGGCGUCGCGGUGAACAAGCUGACAUUACCCAUACCGAGCACGUGUCCGGAACCAUGGAGAGUUUUGAUGGAAGCGUGCUGGCUUUCCAAUCCUCGCGAAAGGCCCUUAUUCCCCGAGAUCCUGACACAGCUGGAGAGGAUCAGGCAGUCGGAGUUCACACGAGCGCCUCACGAAUCUUUUCACACGAUGCAAGACGGUUGGAGGCUCGAGAUCGAAGAAGUUUUGCGUGAUCUCAGGAGAAAGGAGAAGGAAUGCAGAACUAUUGAAGAGGAGCUUCGUUGUCGGGAGGAAGAACUAACUCGUGCUCAGUUACAACAACGUCUAGUCGAGCAGAAUCUAGCGCAGAAAGAGAGGGAGCUAGAGAUGAGGGAGAUCGAUCUAGCAGCGAGGGAGUUGCACAUACUAAUCGUUGCGAGCAACAUGUCGCAUAGUCAGCCGCCACAGCCUAAUAAACGAAAAGGCAAAUUCAGUAAGAUAAAGUUGCUCAAGAAGGACACGAUCUCCUCUCCGCUCGACUUCCGGCACACCCUGACCGUGCGACCGUCGGAGGACGAGUGCAGCGUCAAACAGCUGGUAGCCGUCGCCAAGGACACCCCGCCCGGGUCUCCCGCCAUCAUGAGAGCCAUCGCGCUGCCGGCGGACGGCGUGAAGGGCAAGACGUGGGGCCCGUCCACCGGCCACCAGCGCGCGCGCGCGCACCUGCCGCUGCCCGCGCUGCGCCCGCGCGCGCACCGCCCCUCCACCUCCGCGCCGCACCUGCCGCCGCACGCCUCGCCCGCGCGCCACCCGCUGCCAGGCUUCGCGAUAGGCGCGAUCGAGGAACCGAAGCGAAAACCACGAAAGUCGAAAUCGCAAGUUCGAGCGCCGAAGGCCGACCUCGCCAAGAAGCGCAGCGGCAGCCACGACGACCUGCUGCGCGAGCGGGAGCCGCGCCGCCACCGCUUCCUGCUGUGCUCCGCCGCCGCGCCGCCCGCCUCCCCGCCGCCCGCGCCCGCCGCGCCGCACUACGACACGGUGUUCGACGCGCCGCCGCGCAAGCCCGACGUCAAGAGGAACUUCCUCAAGAGCAUCCGCUCCAACAGCCUGGCGGGGCUGCGGGCGGUCGCCGGCGGGCUCUCCUCCGAGACGACCGAGCUGCUCCGGGACGAGUAGCGCGCGGGCGGGUCGGGUCGGCGGCGUUUGCCUUCAGCCGACACUCGUACACAGGCUCAUUUGCACGUCGACUGCGAUCCGUUCUAGCGAUACUCGUCCCUGGGCGUCAUUUUUAAUCUGUAAAUAUACUAGUAAAUGAAGUUCCAUGGAUUUGAUAUUAGUACGUAAUGUAGAUUAAGAAUAAAAAAUAAAUAAAAAAAGACUUAUUUUCCUUAGGUUUACUUAGGAGUAGCUUUAAAAUCAAUAUUUGUCGAAUGUAAAUUCUCUUCAAUUCUCCAAGAAGUCGCUGCAACACGUGAAUAAAUUUUACAAUAAAUAAAAUAAUAUCAUAUAUCUUCUACUCGAAACACGUAGCGAAGCUAACUGAAGCGGGCAAAAUCGAUUUUAUUUUUAUUAUAUAGAAUAAGUAGCGAUUGGACUUGAAUAAAAAAAUUGUAAAAAAAAAAUGCAUGAAGUUAAAAAUCUGUGUUUAAUCUGUAAUACUAUGAUUUACGCCGCAUUUAUCUCACUAGAUAUAAUUUAAUGUUAAGACUAUGUUAUUAUUUGACGGAAUGUACGUAGCUACGUAGAUAUCAACGAUUUGUGUUCAUAUAGCAAUUGAUUUUUUGAUUAAAAUAUAUUAAAAUCGAAAUAGCAUAAAGAAAAUCUCAAAUUUUUGGUUAAUAUGGUUUAAACUUAGGUUAGUUUAUUUAGAUAUUUAUCUCUUAAAAGACUUAAAUGUGAAUCAAAAUCGGUCGACUGAAAAUAAUUUAACGUCUUGCCAAUUUUAAAAACAUUUUAACUGCGAACGGUAAUAUUUAACGAAAGUAAAUUUUGAUGUGAUUCUUUUGCAGUUUUGAUCUGUGGUUUUAUCAUUUUUUUUUCUUUUAUUUUCUUGCUGCAAAGGAACGUCUCAAGAUAGUCUGCCAUAUCCCUGUAAGUACAUUUUAAUUGAAUUUACAUAUUAUAUCAGAGGAAAAUAGCCUUUAUCACAAUGCAAAAGGAACUACUAUAAAAAUGAUUGUUUAUUUUUUUUAAACAUUUUACUAGAUGACAUGUCACAAACAGUGCAUUUUAAAUAAUCUGUUCGUAAUGUGAAUUGUUGCAGAUUAUAGACAUAUCAAUGUAAUUUAGUUUUUUUUUUUUAUUAUUAUUUAAAAUUAGAAAGACUUGGAUACGAUUGUCGUGUGAUAUUCGAAUUUGUGGAUUAACUGUUGAUUUUUUUUUUUUUUUGUAUUCGUUUGAUAUUUUUUUAUUUUGUAAAUUGUAAGCAUUUGUUUGCUUCCAGCCUGUCUUUAUAUAGUUAGUUAAAGAUAAGCGCUAUGCAUGCUUCUCAGUUCAUAGUUAAGCUAUAAUCGAUAUGUCAUAAGUUAUACCUAUAUAUGUAUUUGUCGUACUUACUUACUCGUUAGUUCGUAUGAUAUGCUUCGUCUCAUAUCACCAUGUGGCACGCUUUCAAAUGUUUACAAUCGUUGUGGUGACGUGUUAAUGAACGUCUAUGGGAUUUCUUAAUAGAUUUUUUUUUAUUUAAUAAUUUCGAAUAUUUCAUAAUUUUAGUCGACGGAAUCGUAUAGGCUUUCAAUACUGACGGUAGGUGAAAUUUUAUAAUAGUACAAAUAAAACUUUCCGCUGUAACAUUCGACGGUAACAUCCUGUGGUGGUGGACACACGACAAACACUAGAGGCUCCGAUGUCGAUUAAUAAAUUCUAGAACUAUGAAUAAGAAUACACAGAUUAAUGCCCUCUGUAAAAGAUUAUAAACAGAAACUCUUCGGUGAUCUGGUUCUCUAUAGUUAUUAUUAAUUAGUAUUUUUUUAUAUAGUAAAUAAACCUUUUCCAUAAAAUCGA